GUGACGGCUGUGCUAUGGCGUGCUGCACGCGCUGUGCAUUCUCACGUCGGGCUGCUAGUUUUCGGGCGAGUUUUCGGCAGCGUGUCAGUUCUGUCACCUCAGCUGGCAAGGGCCAACCGCCACCCAGAAGUAGGCGAAGCUGCUUGACGUGCUUGCACCCGUAGACAGGAAGUGAUGAAUCCCGGCUUGUCACCAGUGUACUUUGUGUGUACACUGUGUACAUUGUGGGACUUUAUACUGACUCUUGUUUCCGAGUAGAUAGUUCGACUUGCGUAACCAUUUCCCGCUUUGGGCGAGAACAAUAUCUGUGAGGAAGUUACUUAUUGUGUUGUUCACCCUUUUGGCUUAGGGACUUUAUCCACGGCUGUAAGAUAUGAAAUAGGAGGCGGUCGACAACAAAGAAAAGAGCAAAGGAGUAUUUAAAAAACAAUCGUUAUUCUUCUGCGGUAUUGCUGACGUGUUGGACAUGGCAGUCAGUCCCGAAAGACCACAUCCGGGGGGUGGAGAUGGAAGUGCAGCACGGGAGGGGACGGCUCCAGUCAAGUCACAGUUAUCAUCGAAGGCUACGGCCUUUUCUAUCGCCGCAAUCAUCGGCAACAUUGGUGAGGACAAGUCAGAGCGACUUGCUACUGCAGCCAACACAAGAAGUGGCAGCCCCGGUUCUCGAUCUCGGAAAAGAGUAUGGAGAUCACAGAGUGCAGAUGCCCAGCUACGCAACACGCCUCCAUCCAGUUGCUCCACGACCCCAGUCUGCAGCAACAGCAAAAGUAAUGCAAGAGAUGAUGCUUUUAUUUCCGACAAUGCAGUAAAAGAGAGAAACACAAAGGACAAAGACAGCAAGCAAGGGAUGAUUUGUUCUGGAAGCGAAGAAUUAGCGCCAAUUCAGUGUCGUUUGGAGACCAAAGAAUUAUGGGACAAGUUCCACGAACUUGGUACAGAGAUGAUUAUUACAAAGACGGGAAGACGCAUGUUUCCAACACUGAGGGUUUCCUUCAGCGGCCUGGAGCCGGACAGUCGCUACUUCGUACUGAUGGACGUGGUUGGAGUGGACAACAAACGCUACCGCUACGCCUACCAUCGGUCGUCGUGGCUGGUGGCCGGCAAGGCUGACCCUCCGCUGGCCGCGCGCCUCCACCAGCACCACGACUCCCCCGUGUCCGGUGAGCAGCUGGCUCGCCAAACAGUGUCCUUCGAGAAACUCAAGCUGACUAACAACCUCCUGGAUAAAGCUGGCCAUAUUAUACUCAAUUCGAUGCACAAGUACCAGCCACGGAUCCACAUCGUAAAGAAGAGCGACACCACACCGGCACAAGGGCCGAGCACUCUGGAGGGCGAGCUGCAUCGUACUUUCGUGUUUCCAGAGUGUGUCUUUAUUGCUGUAACUGCAUACCAGAACCAGCUGAUCACCAAGCUAAAGAUAGACAGCAACCCCUUCGCGAAAGGCUUCCGAGACUCCACGCGCCUUACAGAAUACGAGAGAUGCGGAAUGGAAACCAUGGAGUCGCUUCUGGCCCAGCAUGCUUUGAGUAGGUCCCCGCUGCGCGCCUACCCGGACCUGGACAGCGAGGAGGCCUUCUUGAAACAUCGCGAGUACCUCGUGUCCAAAGAUGACCAGGCGUUCAUGGAGAAGUACAGCUUUCUGUCGGCGCCCACCUGGUCCCUCUUCCGGCCGGUGUGCUCCACUGCCGCGCCGCCCGCCCCCACCUGUCUGCCAGCAGUACGGCCGCUCUUCUCUCUCUACGGGGGGCUGCUGGGUGUCCAUCCUGGUCACCCCGGAGUGACUUUUCCACACAUGGCCUUCAAUCCACUUGGCCUAGCGGCACAGUCAGCUGCUUUGCAGCAACAGCAUCAGCAACAGCAGGCCAGAGAACUUCUGUUUGCAUCGCCUGCUUCAUCUUCAUCGCCCUCGGCGUCCUCCUCGGCACCAUCUCCGCCCCUCCGUGAAGGGGUACUCAGUGGGGAGGGCAGUGGCGAGUGUGGGCCACAAUACCCCCCAGGGAUGUAUCGCUACCAUCCAUACCUUUUGGAUAAGUAUAAGCCACCCUCAGCACCAAAGGCUGUGGACAGCUGUCGACCCUAGAUGGUUUGUGUUUAGACAGUACAUGGCGCACUGGGCAUAUGUCGCCGCUGAGCGACGAGCAGGCCAAUCACAAACUCGGGUGUCGAAGCACGUGAUCAAUAGAUAUUUGCUUCCUAGGUGACGUCACCGAACCAAAGCCAUGCGAACGUUUGAGUCACUGGCACUGACUAACCCGGAUUGUGCUGUGGGGGGAAAGGGGCAAAGGAUGGCCUUGUUAGCGACUUUAUUUUGUAGGCAGUCACUUCCUCUCCUCUCGUGACUUGCUGAACUGUCCGUUUGUACGACUGCUGGUCGCCACAACUAAGAACGCCAACACCAUGGGGCCGACUGCUUGCUGCCAUGUCUAGCUCUUACCCCCGUGACAAUAUGUACAAAAUAGCACCUGUUAAUUGUAUCAUGAAUGAUCAGUGGAAACUUUAUACAGAAUUCUUUCCUGAUAUGACUUUUAAAAUUGCCUGUAUUAAUUAAACUAUCUUCAUUGGGGUUGUCAUCGUAGCACAGGACUCACAUGUGGUUACAAACGCUGAAACUCAUUAAGCACUUCGACUAUAUUUCAGAUUUUGCGGACAUCUUGAUUCGUGUCCGUCAGAUUUCCAGGUUUUCCUUCCUUUGUUUUAUUUAUUUGUUUGUUUUCUGAUAAUCUUAUAAAAAAAAAUGAUCCUUCUACAAGUGACGACUCUACAAGUCACGUGCUGGGAAUGGCUCAAGCCUCGAAAACAAGACUUGACACUUCCUGAAAAGAUGACAACCUCACAUCAUCGUCAUCAUCAUCGUCUUCGUCGUCAACAUCAUCAAUCAUCAUCAUCAACCAUCGUCAACAACAAAGAUUGUCAGAAGUUGAAGCCCAACCACUCAUCCACCACUACCCCCCCCCAAAAAAAAAAAGUAAAAAAAAGAAAAAAGUAAAAAAAAGUGGUUUAUUUUGGUGUCUCCUGUGCUUUUCGUGAUGAUGUUCCUUGUUUGAGCUUUGUGCCGUUUCACAGUUCUGUAGACCCAGUAGUUCUAUCGACAAACAGUAGCAGAUUAUGGUAUUCACUUGUACAUACCAACUUCAGUGGCAUAAUACAGAGAGUCGUUGGACACACUUGGCGGAGGUCAUGGGACAGAUUUCGUGGUUCUCAGUGCAUGCGCCAUCAUGGUUACCACAAAUGAUAUCUUGAAGGCAUUUUGGUUGGAAUGACAUGGGAAGAUACUUUAUCCUCCAAAACAGAAAAGGAAGAGGUAGGAAUCCCGCAAGACACAGGGUAACAACGGUGUAUACCGAAAAACAUGGCGGAAAAGAGAUUGGUAUCCGGCAUGACAUGCGAUGGCAAGAGUCCUGCAACAUUGUAGGGCAGGACAAGACUGGCAUUCACACAAAAAAAACGGUCUGCUGUCGUGCAUGUCUGAUAAAGAGAUUUUUUCGGGACAAGUAUCUGGUUCAAAUGUACACAGUUUAAAGUGUGGUGAGCAGCAACUGCAUUUCAUUAUUAUCUCUGCAUGCUACAGCCAAACGCGCAUCAUUUCGGUCUUUUCCUAAUGUAUAAAUGCACUUGCACACUAACACAGAAAGAAAACAUCUAUGGGUGCACAGGAAGACAGUCACAACCGACAUCCCCAAGUCUCCACGUGUACACAUAACGACGCUGUUACUUGUUCAUCAUACAAUCACUGUUCACUGUGUGAGUGAACACACAUACACCUUCAUUGCUGCCCUAUAACCAGACUCAAAACGAUUAAUGCACGGUUCCAGUCUCAUCAAAGUGGUCAUCUUUGGUCUCAUUGAGACAGCAAGAGGCCUUGGAUCUGGUACUUGUUUAUGGGGCUAGGCUGGCUCGAAUGUGAUACAAUUAAAUGUCAACACAGCAAAAAAUACCAAGAAUCAACCUAUCAUAUACUCAACUCAGAUAAAUUUUGAGAAAUGAGAAUAUCUCAAACAAUUCAAGCACACCAGAUGUUACUUUACAAGGUAAAAGUUGUAGGACUAUUCAUGUAGCAAAUUGUCAGCGAUUGCCUUGAGGUGUCUACUGAUGUAAGAGGAGAAAAGAACCGGUAGGGAACACGGGAACAAAAUAAACCAACUGUACCUGAAGCCCAUACCCAAACCUCAAAAUGAAAGGAAAAAAUACAAGAAGCGUGCUUUUGGACUUCCUAGUAUUGCAAAGGAGUAAGAAUUUAGCCCUUAACAGAGCUCUGAUUAUAAAUUAAAAGAAGCUACAAAGUUUGAGUAGUGAGACUGAGAGAAAAAGAGAGAGUGAGUUUAAAGCGUUCAUUUCUUUGCUGUGAACUGGAGAAACAAACAUUGCAACUCGUCAGCGUGCAGCCGUCAUGUACCCUUGUCACACGAGGGUGCUGAGUUCUCCAUCCACAUGGGCAAGCUCGGACAUUUGAAUACAAAGCCCGGGGUCUACUUGCUAGGAUGUAAGAUGGCGAAGAUGCUGUAACAGCUCUCCAUCCUCCUUGACAUUACCACCAAGCGGCCCGCUGAAGCCGUUGCUCUUAGACCUGCACUUCACGAUGUCUGCUGACAGCGGAGAACAGUUUCAUUUUCAUGAGUCUCUUGUCGGCAGCUGUACUUCAGUUUCUAAUCACACAAACACGCGAUGAAGUGUCGAAAACUCGACGCGACUAUCUCUCCAGGUGGAGACGUAGAGAUUUACGGGAGUUUUUUUUCCCACCGACGAAAGAUUUACAGAAUGUUUCUGACGUUUCGCCCCUCCUGGGGUGCGAGAUGGGGUAUGCCUUGCAUAUUUCGGGAAGUCUGUAUCACAGACUAGGUAAGACGAGCUAGCAAGACGUUUACUGGUAUUGUAUUACUUUAGGUGCACAGAUACUCGCUGGAGGUGGCAGCGAUAAGGAGGAGAGUGUAUUAAAAACCUACUAGCUACAAGAGCUACCCCAUAAUUCUUCUGCUUGGCAAAAACCCUGAGAUCGGGUGCUGAGUACAAAAGCUGUGUUUACACUGCCUUGGUCACAGAGGUGGGCGAGUGAACGGACUAACAACUACUGGACAAUCAUACCUUAGUCGCCAUCUCCAGCCAACUGCUACUUGUGUUUCUGUUUGUGUGUGUGUGUUUGUGUGUGUGUGUCGCAGAUGUACUUAGAACCCAAGCGAGGACCCCAGUAUGAGUGAAAGGGGUGCACCACAUUUCAUGGUUUAGAUGUUACAAAAUGUGUAUGUAAUAACUACAAAGACUUGAAUUUAUUUGAUUAUUGUAGAUGACAAAGAUUUAGAGCCCAACCUCUAGGUUUUCCAUACAUGACUUUUUCUUUUUUUUAUAUUCCCUCUCUUGCCUUCACCCACCCACCUUCACACGCAUACACAUACACACACAUGAUACACAAAGUACUUACAGUGACAUCAAGUAUACUUAAUCAAAUUAUGUGAGAAUAAACUGUAAAUAUCAAA